UCCCCGCUCAUGUGAGCUACACAGGCAAAAGAGAAUGACACAUGUGCUGUUUCCUUUUCCAGUUGUAAAGGGGUCAGGAGCCAGGCAAGGAGAGCCCGAACAAGAGGAGCAUUUUCCUGGGUUCUUCCAGCUGUUCUGUUCAAUCCCGCCGUCAGUUCUGAGCAGGGAAGAGGGACUGUCAACACAAAUAAGGCAUUUUUCAAAGGCGUAAAUUAUGAGUUCCCAAAACAAUGCGACAUCUCAGCCACAUGGAGAAGUGGAGAGCCCCACAGCUGGAGCAGAUGUGGCUGUUAUUGGAGGUGUGAUUGCUGCCGUGGUGUUCAUCCUCAUUUGCCUGCUGGUGGUGAUGGUCAGGUACAUGUACAGGCACAAGGGCACCUACCACACCAACGAGGCCAAAGGAACUGAGUUCGCCGAGAGCGCGGAUGCCGCUUUGAAAAAUGACCCCGCUCUCCAGGAAGCAGUGGAUGAGAGCAAAAAGGAAUACUUCAUCUGAGAGGCAAGGAUUUCCAUGGAGACUUCCCCGAGGGAAUCAAUCAGAAAUACAACACCAACAGAAGUACUAAGAGAUGGAUAAUGUGAGGAUACAGGCGAGCAUCCUAAUUGAAAAGUGUCUCUUUACUUUCUUUUGUCACUGAGUUGUUUCUUUUCCUCUAGCAGUGAAGAACUAAAUGCCAGACACUUGCCUGUUGAUUUUAUUAGCAACACAGCUGGUCACAGUUGAAAUCAAUAUCAGAUAAGAAGAAACAAAAUCUCAGUAUGAGUGAUACACUGAAACCAGAUAAAGAUAGCAAAUGUCAAGCCUUGACAUUUGGUGAAAAUAGCAGAUGCCAAAUGAAAACAUCCUCUUAGAGUUAAUGAUGCAUCCUAUUCUGAUAUGAUGAAGAACUACCUGAAAUUGAAUUUCAAAUGGUAACAGAACAAACAUUAAACUAGAUAAAGGUGAUCUAGCUUGAAAAAAAUAUAUCUAUAACCCAGAUAUCCACCCCCCAUCCCCUUAAAUGUGCAUUUUUAUUGGCACAGGGGAGUUUAUUUUGUUUGUUUGGGGAUUUGCACUGGGAUUUUUUAAUUUUUGAAUUUUAUCUAUACAUAGAAAUCAAAGAGAUUUCAAAGAAAUAAAACUCUUGGAAAACAUGGAAAAGGUAAGAGUGAAGGAUUUAUUACUGACUUCCUCUGCAUGGCAGCUUGAGAACUGCAAAAUGUUGGAAUUUACAAUAUAGUAUGUAAUAGUCAGUAGAUGUAUAAAUAUGAUUCCAAUUAAUCUGUAGGUUUUCUGCACACAUGCAUAAAUAGAUAGAUAUUAAAAGGUAAAGAAUCCUGGUUUGAGCAGGCCUUUUGAAAUGAUGGAGCUCAGCUACACUUUUUUCAUGUAAGAUAUUUUUGCCUGAAUAUUUAUUUAUUUAUUUUGCAUUAGAAAAUUCUCUGAGUGCCCGCCAGCAGGAGUGUGGAUUUUUGCAGGGGGAGGAAUUCAGUUCUGGUGUCGAUAGGAGUACACCUUUCACAAAUGCAACCCUAUGACUGUCACUGUAAAGAAGCUUGUUCAUCUGCAUCCCACUGGCUUUUUUCUCACUCUGUAUGGCUUCUGUGUAUCCUUUGCAGUGUGCUAGACCAGAGAAUUACACUGACAUCAAUGCUUUAUGAUAAAUAAAUAAAUAAUUGAAGAGAUUAUUCAUGGUGGGUCACAUAAAAGGAUCUUAUUCCUCACCUAAGAAUCAAGGGUGAUGAGUUUCUUUAACCCAGUAAGUUGGCUUCCUAAUUGAAGCCCACAGUUACCUCCAGAAAUAGGAUAAUUUUUCUCUGCACCUGCUCAUCCACAGCUAUCAUGGUGCCCUGGACUACUGAAAAUAGAGGUGGAGAAAUACAAGAUAACAAGUAAGAUACUGAUGAGCUCUGCUCAAGCUGAUAUAUUUUUUCCUGUGCUUUGAUCUAUAUAUGUAUGUACAUAUAUACAAAGUCAUCUACAGCUGUGCUUUCAAGGCACUGCUGCUGAUCACUUGUGCUCGCUUCUUGGCACUAAAGCUUGGAAAGCUCCUGGACUCCAGCAUUUGUUGCUGACAUUGGUCUCAAAAAUGCUGUAAGAUCUGAGCAAGGCAAAAUGCUGAGGACCCAGCUGAAGAAACACGAUACUUUUGUCUUUCAAUCACAGUCUCAAUCUUUUGUCAGUACUUGAAGAAGACGGACUCUGAAUUGUUUUUAGAAUCCCAAUAUCUUUAAUUUUGAAUCUUAAAUCCACGUGUUAGCAUUUUAACCAAAGAAUGUAAAACUUGUGCCAAAUUUGUUAAAUGUUUAAGAUAUUUUCUGUAACAUACGAUUGCAGGACCACAUUGUAUUCUGUGGCUAGUGCAGUAUAAAAUGCACAAAACGCAGUACUGAAAGUGCUCAAAUAUUUUGAUAUUAUGCACCUGACUGUCUCCUUCUUAGACCCAUUAAUAUUUUUAUAAUUUUACUAAAUUUGAAAUAGGAACUAUUUUACUUCUCCAGGACAAGCGUUAGGAAAAAAUCACUGAUCUUAACUGUAAGACUGAGUUUGUAAAUCUGAAGAUCCCUAACCCACCAAUUCAAUGAAAAUGUAAAUAUUUCCUCUGAGAAAAGGAUAACUGGGAUGACUUGAGCUCUGCUGCCUCUCCCACAAAAGGUGUAGGAACACCAAAGAACUUUCCUCCAGCCCUAGCUGGACCUAUAGAUGACUACCAGCCUUUUGUCCCCUUUCAUCUAUUCAGGCCAUGUAAAAUUAUUAUAACUGUUAAAGAAAACUGCCUUUAGAGAAAAUUGUGAUGAAUAUAGGGAAUAAAUUCCUGCCUCUCUCCCCAGUCAUGACAUUCUGGCUGUUGUAAGCUGAGCCUGCAGAUUUUAAUUAGACACCUGUGUCGUACCUGUUACACACGGGAACUUGACUUAGUGUUUCUUUUGGUGUGGGUGUGAGGUUUUUAAUUAUCAGGUAGGCUUAGACAAAGUGCCACACUGAAAUUCUAGACAGAUUUUCUGGUGGUAUAGCAUGUGUUCAGAGGAGCUUAGCCAAUUCUUACUAGUUCAGACAACUUCAGACUUUUUGUCAUUUCUUCACUUGAAUCUCAACUGAAUCCAACUUCUGGUCUCUGAUUAUAUCUCUUCUUAGUAGCUUAAUUAACAAUCUUUAUCCCAUUUUCCCUAAUCAUGUAGUCUGACAAACAGUCCAAGCAUUCAGGAACAGCUUCCCUACUGGUAACAAGCCACUUUGAAUAGCUGGGCAGCAGCACUUCUGUAGUGAGCUGUGGUUUCAGUGAAUUUAUUUCUUUAUUGUGUCUGUCUGGGUUUCAGGGCCUUGUGUGUUUGGAAAUUACUCAAACACACUCAACAGAGAGAAGAAAUGGUUUGUGGAGAUUUUCUGUUUCUUUGUUUUCUUCGGGAAAAACUUUGAUUUGCAAUGAAGAAAGCUCAUGAUAUCUGGUGACAGACAGAUUCUAAUGGCCUCAUCUCGCUGUUUAUUACUCAUACAAUAACUCUACUGUCUUCAGUCAUUCAAUUUAGUUGUAAAAAGAAUGCAUUACAAAAUUCCUAUAACUUUUACAACUAAUUAGCAGAACAUCCUUCUGCAAGCAGCAUGCUGUGCUGAAACAAACAUGUACAGUGCUGAGACAUCUUGGUUGGCAGAUGUAGCUUUUCAUCUCUGAUGGUUAAAAUGAUUUUUAAAAUUUGCUUCCUGGAUAGGAUAAUUAAUGAAACAGAUUCUUCUUCCCCCAUACUUUUAUGUGGAGUCCCUCUAAUGCUGUGGCUUGUUGUCCUGCAGCUCUUUGGUGCCCCUUUUUCUCAGCUGUGGUUGCUGUUCUUGCUUGCAGCCCCCAGCUCCCGUCUGGAUCUUCUCUAUGGCAAAGGACUGCCCAUUUACGUAUUUAUUUAUUUAUUUUUAUUAAUGAAGGCCCCUCUCUGCUAGACAAUAAAAAUUUUCAAAAUGGUUUUAGAUUUGGACUGCAAAUUUGAGCAAACCUGACCAAUCUGACCUGACACAGAUUUACAGAGUGAUCACAUAUGCCACAUUUUUACAGACAGCAGGUCUAAAAAUAGACUGCAAGUUCUGUAGUUUUUAAAUUUAGUGCCAUAAAUCCCCAGUGAUUUUCUCCAGUGUUUCUCCCUAAACAAGAGAGAUGAUGGUUAUGAUGAUCACUCAAGACACUUGAUUUUGUCCUCAUGCCUUAAUGCCUUGUGAAAACUUUCUGAAUCCCACUUUGCAUAGGAAGUCAUAGGUCCACAUUUACAAGUGUAAGUAAGUCAUUUUUCAAUGAUGUGUGGGAAAGCAGUGCACCAAAAUUACCAAUAUUUACUGAAGCUGGCAGACAGAAAAUAAAUAUGAUCCUGUAAGACCAUGGGAUAUUUUUUUAAGUUACAUGUAAAUGACAAGAAUUAAACAUAGUAUUUCUGGUGAUUUUAGUGAGCUUUAAGAGUGGGUUCAUGAAGCUUCCAAACUCUUUCACUGAUAAAAAUAAUCCCUUGCAAAAGGAAAUUAAUCUCCUUUUAAACCAUUUCUUUUUGUCAGUCUUUGAAAAAAAGUUUUCAUAGAUUCAAUAUUCUGACAUUCUGCCUUAACAUCUGGAACUCAAUUUCUUCUAAUUUUGUGAGCAUAACUGACACUCCUCCCCUGCACAAAAAUGACUGCUUGCCCAUCUCACCCUCUGAAGCGUCAUUACAGCUCAGCAGAGUAAUUCUGUGCAAAAGAAGUCAGUCCCAAUUGUGUAUCUGGCCAACCAGACCAUGGACAGCAUUUUUUCUGGAGCUCUGUUGUUCCAGGUUUUCCCCAGGUCCAAUAUGCCUCUGCACAUUAAUACAGACCAGAGAAGAAUUUAGUCAGCCUCUUGUCAAGGAAAUGAGACAUGUAUAGAUAUAUAUAUUUGUAAUUUUUUUCUUUUUAGAAUACCAAGACCAAAUCACUUUGGGAUACUAUUAAAAAACAGGACUAUGGUAUUUCUCAGAUCAUUAAGUUUUCUCUUAAAUUAAAUGUAGGGAUGACAAGGGUACAUCAGUACAUGAAAAUAAAAAGGACUAUUUUCUUUCAACAAAGAAUGAAGACAAAGUGCUGAAACCUUUCUAGUUCCAGGAUUAGCAGAAAAGGACUGCACUAUUUAAAGCCUGCAAGAACCCCUCACAGAACAGAGGAAACACUGAGACAAGGUGCUGAGAAAAUCAGUAAAAAGGUGCAGAGCAGGAGAAAGUAAUCUGAUGCUAAUAGGGAUGGAGAGAAAUUUUUCUUCAAACAAUAUAGAUAUUUCUGUUUGGAGAAAUCAGUGUGUCUGCUCACCGUAACUGCUAAAAAAUUCUUUGAAUUAUAUGAGAUGUUUUCUUUGAAUUAAAUAAGAUGUUUGGAUUCCUUGUGUAUGCUAGUCCAUUCAAAAAAUGAUGGUACAUACACACCAACAGAACACUCACAUGAAAUGUAUUAAAAGCUGUUUAUUUCAUUUUCUAAACUUUCUCAUUGUUCACAUGAGAAAGCUUUGUAUGUUUAGAAAGUGCAGAAGCCUCACAGCAGCAGUUCAUUCAGGACAGAAUACGAAAUACCUGAACAAGAAAUGGACCCACAUCUGAUGUCUGGAAAUUUGGGUAAAUAAAGGAAGCUAACAAUAUCAAAAUAAAACUUAGAUGGUGAGCAAAAUCUCCAACCAUAUUACAAAGAAGUUAAAUAUUCGUUGUAGUAAAGGUCCUUCUCUAAUUCAAGACAGUAGUAUCAUAAGUGACUGAAAAUAAGGAAUCCUUAUUUAAUGUGCACAUUCCCUGUGUGGUUGGGACAAAAUCCCACUGAAUUCAGUGGGACAAUCAUUUUAUUGACCAUAUUUAUCCUUCCUGCAAAAAUAUUGUAUUUCCACGUAUGCCAGAAAGAAACACUUUAAAUUAAAAUACAAUCUUUAUAAGUGCUGGUCUUUCAGCAUAACUUCUUGCCUUCACAUCUUUUCUGUUGUUUCAAACUGUAUGUAUCUGAUAUGCUGUACUAAAAUCUAUUUGGAUUGCAGCAUUGGUAUGAAAAGAGCAGAGAAAAAGAGCAUCCAAAGCUUACUGCUGAUCUUAUGUUAAAGCUGACUAUAAUGUUUAUAUUUGCCAAAGCUAUUAAUACACUGAUGGUGUAAAUCUACUAUAUUUUGAAUGGAAAAAUAUGAAGAAAUUAAUAACUUUAUAAUUAAAGUUGUAAUUUUCAGCACUUAAAA